GUUUGGGGACAGUGGGAGGGAGAUAGAGGGAGAGGAGAACGGCGAGAGGAGGAAACGGAGGCAGAGAAACAGACGUGACUGCACCGUAGGGAUGUGCGUGAGUGUGCGGUGAACGUUACUGCAGAGUUGGAUUACCGUGUUUUUUUAAAUAAAACACCGUGGCAAGACCCCUAAGAGUCAGCUCCGAACGUUUACCCACACUGCGCGAUGUCCGGCGGAGGAGACGUCCGUGUCCUCCGCCAAGAGGCUGGGCAAGAGAGCCCGAGGAUGCCGGCCUGGAAGCGAGAGAUCCUGGAGAGGAGGAAGGCGAAGGGCGGAGGAGUCGUUGCCUCCUCCGAGACGAGUCCCAGUGGAGGCGCCGGUGCCCAGCGCCUUAACGGGGAGACCAGUGAGACUGUGAACGGCAGCGGCGGUGGUACAGUAAACAGCGGGGGCGGGCGGAACUACACUAUCACCCCGGCCAGCCAGCACUACAGCCACAACAAAGAGACGCGCCCGGCGGCCGCCGAGAGGACGACAUCCAGGGAGGAGGAGGAGGAGGAGAGAGGGGAGAGCCUGGUGCUCCAGGAGAGCCUCGGCCCACUGGAAGAAAACCCAUUCAUUAAACUGGAGAAGGAGCGGAGGAGGAGGCAGGACCGGGAGAACUCAACCCGUCCGACGCAGCACAUCCUGGAGCUUUACGGCAGCGUGCCCGGCAUACGGACGAUCCGAGCUGAUAACAUUAUCAUCAUUGAGUCUGAUCCGGAUUACUUCCCGGAGGUAGGUCCAUUGAAAGCCGGGUCUAAGUGGCAAACAAAUGGUGUGAGCGGUUACAGCUCCCUGAACGACCUCCUGGACCGGAGAGGGAGUGCUGUCACCGAGAUAAGAGCCAAGGAAGUGGUGAUUUAUGACACCACGUUGAGCAAGAGUGAGGAGAACCUGAGCACUCUGGGCUACCAGGAUCUCCCCCCAUACUGUGAGGUGGGGCCAAGUCAAGGCAGGGUCAGUCGGAUGCUGCAGAAGUUUGACAGCAACUAUGGGAAGCUGCAGAAGAAGUCUCACAGCACGGAGAACCUGCUGGACCUGGACUGUGGUGCUAGCAACAGUAUCGGCAGCAGACCGCAACUUUGGCGUCAGCCACAACAGCCAGAUCCUGUGCCAAAGCCUGGACCGGGCUCUGUGGCUAGCAACCAGCCUUUGUUGCCUGUCAUCCAGAGUUCUUGGUCUUCCAAAGCUAAACCGCAGCCUGACGUGUUGGAGCCAGGGAGCCCCCAGCGAACCAUCAGGCCAUUACACGCUACACCUUCUCCCCGCGGUGGGAGAGAUGAGCCAGACAGGGUGCAAAGCAAGCUCGCCAGAGAGAGAGACUGGGAGAGUUCUGAGGUCCCACCAAAACCCAAGGUGCCGUGCUCUCCAGAGACCCGCCGCGCCCGCGCCGUGGCCCCCUCCAGCCCCAUCUCGUCAAAGGUGGUCCGCUCUACUCCCGGCUUUGAGAUCCGCCCAGCUCCCAAGCCAGACCUGCAGCAGAUUCCAGAGGGGGACACCCAGGCGAGAGCUCUAGCCAACCUGCGCAUCCAGUCGCGUAACUCUUUCACAGUGAUUCCUAAACGACACCUCACAACGAGCCGCGUGGCACCAGCUGGUCCCGUCAUGUCUUCUCUGUCCGACAGAGGGACGGAGGUGCCCGCACCAGGAGUGCCAAUCUCCCCCACCCUGACAAAAUCAAGGUGGAAGGAGGAGAGAAAGAACGAGGUGGAAAGGGUGACUCCCAAGACUCUACCGUCUCCUACUGUUGCCACCAGUCCCAAACCUUCCUCCCUCCCACCUGCGGAUCGUGUGUCUCCACCUCCUGGACUCAGCCCCAUGCCCUUAUCUCCAACCAUGGCGUCCUCUCCCCCAUCGUCCCCAGCUGCCCCUCCAUCGCCACUGAUCCCAACAGCGUCAGCUCUGGAAAAACCUCAGCUGACAGAUCAGCUUCCCGUCACAAACAUUGAUGAGAUUGAGGUGGAGCAGCAUCAGCGAUUCCCUGUCCCCAGCCCUUUGGUCCAGAGGAGAAAGGGAAACACCUUCACUGUCGUGCCUAAACGAAGAGCGGACCCAGAGGCACAGCCGAGCUCACCGGAACCCCAGCAGGAUGCUGUCAGUGAGGCCUCGCCGGGGUCCACGCCGCCUCAGCCUCCCUACCCUACGCUGGGCACCCAGCUGAAGAAACGUUACCCUGCUGUGGAGGAAAUUGAGGUCAUUGGUGGAUAUCUGUCUCUUGCCAAGUCCUGCCUGCUCAAGACGGGCUCCACAGGCAGAAAGCUGAAGAUCUCCUUCAACGAGUCCAGUCUCCACAGUACGUACGAGUACCCAUCGGAGAGCAGCGUGUGGGACAGCAGCGAGGAGGACGAGGAGGACAGACAAGCCGACGCGACAGUUGCUGAUGACCAGCCCAGCAUGGUUGGACGCAUACACAUCCCUCGGGCCAAUUAUUCCAGCUCGUCCACACACACGACCAAUAGCAACGAUCUUUCCAGCUACAUUCCCAAGCAUUCCGUGGACUUCAGUGCCUGGCAGGAGCACAAAAAUGAGACAGAGAGAGUUCACCAGGAAGAGGCUGCUGCUCAGCAGACACACAUGACAGAGGAAGUGAUGCUGACGCCCGCAGACGGUUCCUCUCUCUCUGACUACAGCAGUGAACCUGCUCUUUACUUCUGAUCAAACGGACCAAUCAGAAGACCGGAUCCCAGCCCCGCCUGCACCUGUACACUCCCUCAUCUCUUAAGCACAUCCACCGUGUCUGCUGAGACAGGACAUUUAUUGUUGUUAUUAUUAUUAUUAUUUAGUUUUUAAGUUUUUUUUUUAAAGGCUGAUAUCCUGCCAUGAUGCAACAACGACGCCAUGUUUUCAACAUCUGCACGUCACACCAAAACUGUUGUUGUCAUUUUCGAGGUGGCUGGAUUGUUCCACCUUUUCCUCUUUUUUUUUUUUCCUUUUUCUUUUUUUUUUUUUCCUCCUGACAAAAGGAAGCAGCUGGACUGUGUUUUCUUUCUGACGUCCUGGACAGUUGAUCUGUCGGCCUUCCCUCCUCCCUCUCUGACCUCCCUUUCUCCCUCACCCCUUCUCCGUUUUCCACCCUCAUCAGUAAGACAAAGACCACAUCAUCCCACUCAAGAGAAGUAUUCUUGUUUGUUUGUCCAUUUCCAGACAGCUGUCUACUUAACUCUGCAUCGGCCGGGCAUCACUGCUCUUUGAAGGACCACAGUCUGGUGUUGAUAUCACCACCACCGUAACGCUGAGUUUAGUGUAACUCUGGACAUUUGGACCUGUCCACCGCAAACCACAGACUCACAGCGAACACUUGAAAUUGAAAAAGGUUCAAGAGUGCCACGAUUUUUGUCUUUUUCAAAAUAGUUGUUUGUGCAUGUUUUGAUUUUCUCCCAUCGGUCUCCGCCACUGUUGGGCUUGUAAGGCCCAGGUCUGACUUUCCAUGUUCUGUGUCCACGGAAGGAUGUCCUUAAUUCCCUCAUCUGCUGAUUUCGAUUACGAUUAUGGAUUAGACGCAAUGUGGAAGCCACGGAAUUAACUCUGUAAAUGAAGAAAGCAAACAUCAAGUUGUGUUGCCAGGAAAAGAUGGGGAAAUGGAAACACAAUAUUUUAUGCUGUCGUGAAAUAUUGUUGCCAAGAGUUUCUAUUGUUUGGACUCGUCCUCUUGCCCUUUGACUGACUAUCGGUUUGACUAUCGACUUUCAACAAUUUGCGGCAAAUGUACCCCCGAAAGGCCUGCGAUAUGCGUCUGUACCUGAAUUUCCAUCAAACUUCUUUGAUCUCUCUACACAUACCUUUAAAUGUCAACAUUUCAUAUGGCAGAAUUCCAUCGUGAUCCUUCUGGAGAAUCGUUUGUCUGGAUAUUAACGUGACUAAAAAGCCAACUGGUACUGAUUUCUUUGAGGUGCACGCGAGUGCUAUCCCAUUAGUCAUCAACUACAGGAUAGAAAGCUUUUUUUUUUUUUUUUUUUACCAACAGUGACCGUGUUUAAUCUGUUGGGAUUUCAGAUGCUAUUUCAGCUCCAGGUGAUUCAGUGAAACUAAAACUCUUCUCUGCAGUGCGUGUAAAAACAAAACAUGUGUACCCGUGUCAAUGGUACGAAGACUGUGGAACUUUAGGACACAGUGCCGUCGUUCUCUAUUCUGAUCAAUGAGUGAAUGAAUUAUUAGUGAGAUUAACACCAUCCAAUCUGACAGCCCCAGUUUUUCAACCCACUGUAAAAUUCUUAAGAACAUGAUGACAUCAGUCUACCUCAUCACCAACUGCAUUUUUUUUUUUUUGCAGCCACUGUCCUAUCAGUGAACUUCCAGUGGUUGACAACAUUGUUGUCAUUGACUUUGGAGAGUCUGACCUGGGCUUCUUUCUGCUUUUUCAUUUGUGUAAAUCUGUACAUCUAUGCUGUACUGACGCUGCUGGAGGGAUUUAUCAGUGAGCAAACAUGGACACAUUUCCAUCUUUGUUGAAACUGAGAGUAAAGAUGCACAAACACACGCCUCAGACGAGGGACGUCCGCUUGAUCUGUAGCAAUUCCGAUCAAAAAAAAAGCUUGAAAAGUGACCUUGGCCAAUAACGUCUGUUUUAACGUCUAUUUUUGUUGCAGCGUCGCCUGGAGAACGCUCUUCUGUAUUCCCAAGGUUUAUCCAGCUGUCGGACACUUUCUUUUGGCUUGUUCUGUAUUUAUUUCUGCUGCAUGUCUGAGACCUGCUCCCUGUACAAAAUCCAGAAGUGUGUAAAAUGAUUUAUUUUCCUUUUGUUUUUCCUGUCGGACCUCAUGUACUUUAACAUUCCACAAAGAAGCAAGUCAACGAAAGUGAUUAAGUUCAUUUCAGAUGUGGCAUGUUUGCGACAGUGAAUGUAAGAAUGUGUGUGUUGUGUCUGGACGGGAAUGGUGAUCUUUUUUUUUUUUUUUUUUUUUUUUUUUUAUGAAGUUUGUAGUUCUCAGUUCACCAAGUUUCCAGAUGAUUUUUUUUUUUUUAAGACUAAAUGCCAACUGACAAAAGUGAAGCUGUCAAAGGGCCUCGUUUCACUCCCACUGUUGAACCUGCAAACAGUAUUGUUGUACAGUCCUCACUGUGAUUCACCAUUUGUCAUUUAGAACCAGCUUUUCUUUUAGAGUUGAUCUGCAGUUUUGAAAAAAAAUUCUGUCGACAGUUAGAUUAAGCCGAUGAGACGUGAGUUUGUUUCUGUCUGUAUUGACUGUUUGAACCAAGUUCGGGUUCAGUAUGACCAACUUUAUUACUGUUCAUACAAUCACUGCCUAUAUGGGUGACUUGUCGUUUCAUCUUUUAACCACAUGGUGGCAGUGUUAAAUCUAUUGCUGCACUAAACCUUGGUAGGAGCCAGCUUUAAGCACAACCAAUUGUAUCAUUUGGAGUUGAGGGAGGGAGGGGGGGGGGGGUGCUAGCUUGAAUUGUUCAACAUUCCGAUUCCCAAUGCUAGUCAUUUUUAACUGUAAAUUUUCAUGUGGCAGAGUGGUUGGUGUCGGAAAGGCUCCUCUUUCGUUUUUACUUUCUGGUCUGACCUGGUGUCAUUGUCCGACUGGAGUGUUGUUUUGGGCAGUAAACAUUAGCAGAACCAAUCAGUUGGAACAUGUUUUAUAUUCUCUGUCUAAGCAGGUUCUGUCCCUUGGAAAAAAAAAAGAUUUGUACUAACAUUGGAGUGUGUAGGUUUUACCACCAGGUCUGAUCUUCUCAGACCUCUGUUUCUUCAGCUCGGAUUUGGAGGAGGAAGAAAAACCACUGUUUUAAAACCACUGACUAUUCAGAUGUUAUGUUGACCUGUUGAAUGAAAUGAUCUAUGCUGUACAACUGUCUGCCUGUCUGUCUGUCUGUGAAUGCCAUGUUUCUGUCUGUUUUUCCCCCCCCCCCGUUGCCACUGUAUCUAAAGUCCUGACAUCGUGUCAUGGGCCUCACCACUGUGAAAAGGUCCAAACUUCAUGUUGUUUAAACUGAAAUACCUGUAGCAAUUGAGAUUGUGUGUUCAAUACACAGUGGUUGGUUCUGGUGGUACAACGAUCUUCCAGAACAUACAUUGACCAAUGAACUGCGUUGAUGUAAUGUUAGCUCAUGCCAAGUUCCAUUCCGAAACCUUGAAACUACUGUUGACAAAAAGAUGAAUUAAUGAAAAUACUUGGUUUCAAAAAUGGUCCUGGUCCUGGUCCUCUGGGACUGAUAUGCGCUUUUGAUGUUCAUCUUUUUAAGAUUUUCUUCUGCAGGGUUAUACUAAGAGUCCACUGGUGUGGAAGAAAUCCUUUCAUGGUUCCACUUCUAGAGCACAGUUCUACUACAGUUCCUGAUUUGUGCCACUUCAUUUGAAAUUUUUUUAGCACUGAGUGGAUGGAGUUUUUUCCUGUUUGGUCAGCACAUAGCUACAGUGCCACAGCCAGAAUCCAAAUCAGCAACCCUCCAAUUACAAGUCCACUAAGCCACGGAUUAUCAGCUGAAAACUGUUGCUGUAGCUUCCGAAUGCAUCUGUGGUUCGAUCAUCAGUCUACUACGGUCUGAGAGUCAAAUCGCUGUCACGUGACACACCUGUAGAUCCAUCUAUGGCCUCCAAAAAUGUUACCCUUGACCAAGAAACAAACCCCCAAGAGGAUCCAAUCUUCCUCACGCUUCGUUGAAUCGUGACAAACUAUCCAUCUGUCCCGCAUCCCACAAA